AUGUUAUUUUCAUCAGCCCUGACGACCUCAAUCCACAACCCGCGACUAUGCCUCCUUAAUGCUCUUCGAGCCAACGCGAAACCCAUCAUGACAUUCUUGGGUCUUCCGUCAAUUCGAACAGCUCAGCUUGUUGCCCAGACCGGCCUCCAGGGCAUUAUCAUCGACUGUGAGCACGGCCAUAUAAGUGACGAUGCGAUGCACGGCUCGACGGCCGCUAUCGCUGCGCUAGGCGUGUCGCCACUGGUUCGCAUUCGAAUGACCCAUGGAGACCUGAUCAAAAGGGCUUUGGAUGCUGGGGCUCACGGCAUCGUCGUGCCACAAGUAAAUACAGCCGAAGAUGCUGAAAGAGUUGUAUCAGAUGCUAAGUUCCCACCACAAGGCCGUCGAGGUCAGGGUUCGGCGUUUCCGGCGAUCGCUCAUGCAAUCGACAUUCCGACGUAUAUGCGGACAGCGAAUGAGACGAUUAUUAUCUGUCUACAAAUCGAGACUAAAGAGGGGGUUGAGAAUAUUGAUGCUAUCUGUGGUGUACCCGGUGUUGAUAUGAUUUUCAUCGGGCCAAACGACCUUGCCCUAUCGAUUCUUGGCUAUGUUCCCGCGAAAGGCGAUGAGCCCGAAUUUGUUGAUGCUAUGGAGAAGAUCGUGGCCGCCGCUAGGAAGCAUAGGAAAUGGGUUGCACGGCUAUCGAAUGAUGGGGCUUCAUGUAAGGAGCAUUUGAAAGCCUUUGAUACCGUGGCGAUGAGUUACGAUGUCCGGGCAAUACAAAACUGGUAUACGGCCGAAUUGCGCACUGCCCGUGAUGCUUCCCAGUAA